GAUGAACAUACUGAGAUAUUCAAGAUGGGCAGCAAUAAUACCAGCACUGCUGAGAGUAAUUGCAAUGUUACACAUCUGAAAUUUCAGUACUCUCUGUAUGCAACCACCUAUAUCUUCAUAUUCAUCCCUGGUCUCCUGGCUAACAGUGCAGCCCUGUGGAUUCUGUGCCGCUUCAUCAGCAAGAAGAAUAAGGCCAUCAUUUUCAUGAUCAACCUCUCAGUGGCGGAUCUCGCUCAUGUCCUAUCCUUACCUCUCCGGAUUUAUUAUUACAUCACCCAUCACUGGCCGUUCCAGAGGGCCCUUUGCCUGCUCUGCUUCUAUCUGAAAUAUCUCAACAUGUAUGCCAGCAUUUUUUUCUUGACAUGCAUCAGUCUUCAGCGGUGCUUCUUUCUCCUGAAGCCGUUCAGAGCCAGAAACUGGAAGCGUAGGUAUGACGUGGGCAUCAGUGCUGCCAUCUGGGUCAUCGUGGGGACUGCCUGUUUGCCAUUUCCCAUCCUGAGAAGUGCUGGCUUAGCCAACAACAGUGAAUCCUGCUUUGCUGAUCUUGGGUACAAACAGAUGAACGCAGUGGUUAUGGUCACCAUGGUUACAAUUGCAGAGCUGGCUGGAUUUGUGAUUCCAGUAAUCACCAUCGCAUGUUGUACCUGGAAAACAACUAUAUCCUUGAAACAGCCACCGAUUGCUUUCCAGGGGAUUAGUGAGAGAAAGAAAGCACUGAGGAUGGUUUUCAUGUGUGCUGCAGUCUUCGUUAUUUGCUUCACUCCUUAUCACAUUAACUUCAUAUUUUACACCAUGGUAAAGGAAAGUAUCAUUACUAGUUGUCCCAUUGUCAAAAGUACGCAGUAUUUCCAUCCUUUUUGCUUGUGCCUUGCAAGUCUCUGCUGCCUUUUGGACCCAAUUCUUUAUUAUUUCAUGGCUUCAGAGUUUCGUGACCAACUAUCUCGCCAUAGCAGCUCCGUUACUCGUUCUCGUCUCAUGAGCAAGGAGAGUGGCUCAUCCAUGGUUAGCUAA